AGACUGACGCUAUUGACACUCAACGCUACUAUCAACUGAGGUGUUCUGUUCCACAGCCACCUAAACUUUACGGACUACCUAAACUGCACAAACCUGGUAUACCGAUGCGACCUAUAGUCUCAUUCUGUGGGUCCCCUACGUAUCAACUGUCUAAGUACUUGACGACCAUACUGCAACCCUUAACUGACAAAUCUAGACGAAAACUACAAUCGACGGAGAACUUUAUUGACGCUAUUAAGACAGUACAGAUACCUGACGACUACAAACUUGUGUCUUUUGAUGUGAAAUCACUGUUCACCAGUAUUCCACUUCAAUUGGCGUUACACUGCACCGAGACCGCUAUACAACAAUCCACCGUUAAACUACCGUUACCGACAGAAGACAUUAUGGACUUACUGAACCUCUGCCUUACAUCGACUUACUUUCAGUACAACGGUAAACACUACAAACAGUUACAUGGAACAGCCAUGGGGUCGCCUGUUUCUGUUGUUGUCGCAGAAAUUGUGAUGCAACACGUGGAGGAACGCGCCCUUGCAACUUGCCGACAAACAAUACCGCUCUGGUUACGCUACGUUGACGACACCUUUACCGCCGUUCACAAGGACGAAAUUGACGCUUUUCACGACCACCUUAACGAACAGAACGCUGACAUCCAGUUUACCAAAGAAAUCGAAGAAAAUGGAAAACUUCCUUUUCUAGACUGUUUGGUAAGCCGCGACAACAACGAACUACGAGCGACAGUGUACAGAAAACCGACGCAUACCGACCGAUUACUUGACGAAUCAUCCUAUAACCCGACUUCACACAAAGCCACGACUAUAAAGACUUUAACGAGACGAGCGCAACCAGUUUGUGAUACACCGGACAGCUUGCGUGACGAGAACAAAUACCUUGAACGUGUUUUUAUUAAAAACAACUACAACGCUGACUUUAUUAGACGAAACAUUUACCGACCUACUGAAGCCGACGCAACGAACCAGAACCCGACACAUGUUACUACAGUGACUAUACCUUACAUUAAGGGCACUUCCGAGACCAUCUCACGGAUCUUACAGCCCUACAACAUCCGUGUAACCCACAAACCUACAACCACGUUACGACACUUACUGACUAACGUUAAAGACCGAGACGAACCUAACAACAGACAGGGAACAGUUUACAAGAUCAAAUGCUCUGACUGCGAGGCUUCCUACAUUGGUGAGACUGGCAGAAACCUUAUCACAAGACUGACUGAACACAAACGAGCCACGAGAAAUGGUGAUGUCAACAAUCACAUUGCUGUGCAUCAUCAACUGACAAACCACAACAUUGACUGGGACUCUGCCCAAUGCUUAACCUACAGUACUAACUAUUUUCAACGACUGACUAUGGAAAGCUGGUACACUAACUUAGAACAAACACCUCUUAACAGAUGUCAACAACUACCGGCGCCUUACAAACGACUUAUCCGCGACGAAAACGAAACCGACAACCGGACUUCUAACAGAGCGACUUAAUUUUGACUAACAAUAAAAUUUAACUAACAAAAGACGGAUCGAAACUGACCAAUGACUGAUGACAAACUUUACACGAGUCUUUCAGCCAAUAACAUCAUGGCUUAACUGACCAAUCGUUUUCAACUGACCAGACUUAUAACAACAUCGACUGACAAACACUAUUCACUUGACUCUGAAGAUGACUUCCGCUCAGGUUGUCGAAACGUCAGUCACCAACAACAGUUCUUUUCAGAACUACACUCACCCGGACGAUCACACAAUACGAACAUAAAAAUUCAGCUUGGGCAAUUGAAAAGCUGUAUAGAAAAACAUGUGUAAGAAAAGGCUUUUUGCGCGUAAUUUACACUACAAUUGCGAACGUCACGCAAGCACAAUUUUUACCCGCGUUUAGACGAAAUUUAAGGCUCAAAAAAGCACUCUCGUACACGGUUUCACCCUACGAGACUACACUCCAGGGAAGAUAAAAAAUUUCAACUACACAUCGGCCGAAAAAAAACCGGCGAAUUCUGAAAAUAUUCUCAAAACAGGUCACAAGCUAUGGGCGACCCUUUGACCUUCCAUGACAUUCGAAAAUCAAAACACGGUAGGGCUCAACUUGACUUUCAUUCGUCGGAAUACACGUGUUUUUGCUUUCGUUUCCUAUGCUAACAUAUCCUAAUGAAGAAGAGGUUGGGCUUUUGGAUUUGGAGGCAUCCACUGGCAAUGUAUUAAAUAAGAACAGCUGGAUUAUUUUUGAAAUUUGACCUGUUUAGCAUUUUAUAGAUGGUUACGAUAAGCUGCAGUUGAUCGCCUAACUACACAUUAAAAUUUGGUUUUAGAAAACGGCAGUAUUAACAAGGAAGCAACAACCAAAUGAUGUACUCAAUGCUUAGAAAUUUUUCCUUACCUUGGUGAGUUUUUCCUGACAAGAAACCACGGCAUUUUUUGCAAAACACAGAGCAAAAGCACUGAGCCAUGUCGCACGUGACAGUAACGUAACGUAGCGUUAGCCGGGAAGUACAUGUAGUGGGCGCAGUUGUGGGGGCUGGGGAGCAAUGGACAGGCUGGCGAAUGCAUUUUUACGAUGUGUCUUUUACAAGAACUUUGAAACUGUCUGUGCAUGUAAAGAUUUUUGUAUAUACUUGAUUGGAUCAAGCAAGUAUAUUACUACAGAAGCGCGACGUUUGUACUCGCGUUGGCCGAACUAAACACCUGGUCAUUUUGCUAGUAAUCUCUAGAACAAGCCGAACAUGAGGUUAAAAUUUUCCUCUGUUUACUUCUUUUCAGCUUCAUUGAACCAUGUUUUCUUCUUUGGUGUUUUUCUAACGCACUGCCAGCCACUCUUCACCUGCCCAGGAUAAGGAGAGGGCAGGAGGAAUGCGAGAGAAGUUUCAUAGGGGGAGGCUCUUAGCCUCCCAAACAACUUCUAAAUGCUUACCCUUUGAUUCGCUAUUUGUUCUUUUGACUGACAGGAUAACUCUUUCAUAUAACAUCCAUGAAAGGUGUUGUCCCUUAACAUACCUAAAGUCGUCAGUCAGACGGCAUCCUUUUUUCAGAAACUUGCUACACCUUUUUCGGGUGGAGCCUCCCAGUGUAUCACAGGGAGUUCUUUUCUGAAAGCUGGGACCGGGGUGGGUUAAAUUGAUCUUUUCCAUCGCAUCACAACGUCUUUACCAUAAACGGAAUUUUCACAUUUAUUUCCCCUGACUUGUUCUUGGCCUUCCAGUUGCUCAAAAUUGGACGAUGUCACCCUAAAUGAGCCAAUCGAUUUUGUGCCUACAUCUUGUGUAAAGCUCGUGCGCACACUCGCCUAUAUUAUCAUCUGGAUCAUUAUCCGAGCGAUCUUAAUUAAAUCAUCGAGUUCAACAAACGCAGCGAAACAUGACAAUGUACUUUUUUGAUCCAGUCCAGGAUAUAACAGAUCUUGAGUUAUACAAACCGUUUUUAAGCUGCUUGUUUAAUACACAUCCUAAAAAUGGGGCGCUUUCCAUUUUGCCAAAGAUUCCGGAAAUCAGUUUCGGUCGAAAGGCCCGUUUCGGUUUCUUAUGACUGGAAUAUUGGGGGUCACCUCCGGAGGUGUUCCACUUAUUUAAUUUCGGUCGGAAUAUUCCGAAAUUCGUCGCGCAAACCGAUUCUUUACCCUAAUUAGGGACAGUGUAUCUAAUUGUGAAGGGUCGAGAGUCGAGGAUACAAUGUCGUUCCAUUUUCGUCGGGUAUUGCCACUGAUCUGUGACCGGUCAGUUUGGCAUAUUGUAAAGCACCCAUGCACUAGCCAGUCAAAAUGUGUGUAGUAUCGUACAUUAGGACUGGGCUCUAGGUCCACUGCAUGCUGGGGCCAUGCAGGCCCGGUUACCAGGUUGUUGUAGUUCGUAAGCCAGCAUGGCAGCUGUAAUCCAUUAAAUUGGCGACGAGGAUCAAACAAAAAUGCCAGACGAAAACGAAACUAGCCCGAAAGGAAAGUCAGGAGUUCUUGCCAGCGUACGAGCAAGCGUGGGAGCCUUGAGUUUGAGUGGUGAACCAGGGCAACGCGAGAAGGCGUGGAAGUUGUGGAAGGAUCGUUUCGUAAGAGCCACUCGAUGGAUGGCAAUCAAUGAUGCCGACAAGCUCGACUUACCGUUAUUAGUAGGAGGAGAAGAGCUCCAGAGGCUACUCCAAACACUGCCCGAACAGCCCACAGAUUACAAAUCGCAUAUCGAAAUGUUGGAUCAACACUUCAAGGCGAAUCGCAACAACACCUUGGAGUUGUAUAAGUGGUUCAACACAGAAUGGUCACCAGACAUGUACUUCGCUGACUUCGAGACGAAAUGCAGAGAGCAAGCGCUUCAUUGCGAUUUCCCCAUCACACUGGACAACGCAAUCAUCAUGAUGACUGUGGUCAAAACCAGCAACGUCGAGCUUCGGAAUGAAAUCAUUAGAAAUAAUGGAGACUUGAAAUCGGUAAGAGAAACAGUUAAGGCUUUUGAGAUAGCAAGUGAAGGCAGUAAAAUGAUGAAAAACGGGGAGGAAGUCAACAGUCAAGACACAGGUGAUCCAGAGUUGAAACAAGUUUCCACACCAGGACGGUUUAGCAUGAGAAAUAAAGGACCGAGUCGUACCGCUGACCCCUUGCAGGCACAGGCCAGGCCGUCUUGCACUAAGUGCGGGAAUGAGGCACAUGUCAACAAGAAUACCUGCCCAGCUACUGGAAGGAGAUGCCUCAAGUGUGGACGUCUGAAUCACUUUGCCCGCGUGUGCAAGGGUGCAGCCAAUGACAGGAAAGACAAGCGAGCCAAUGCAGUGGAGUGUGAGCAGCAAAGCAACGCACACAGUGUGUCUCAAGAGGAGAACUUUUUAGAAGACGUGUAUCUGUACCAGCUAAAGGAAGGAAAAUCACAGAAUCCAACUGUCGCAGUUCACAUCAAUGGCAUUCUCAUCAGUCUACACCUGGACACGCAGGCUGAUGUCACAGUAGUUACUGAAAAGCAUUAUGGGAAGAUUAAGGCCAAUUGUCCCCUACAGCAAACAAGCAUAGCAAUCAGGAGCUACUCCGGAGAAGGGAAGGGCCCGCUGCUACCGGUGCUAGGGAAAUUCACUGCAACACUCACUCGAGGAGAGAAGGAGAUAGCAGAGCCUGUGUAUGUAGUUAAAGGUCAAGGUGACACAGCACUGCUAAGCCGUGGGGCAGCUGAACGGAUGGGUCUUGUGGAAUAUCACCUGGACCUGACCUCAAGCACACCCCUGCCAGUCAUGGGAGAAACUCGACAAGAGACUGUUGACCGAGUUGAGGAGUACAGGGAUGUAUUUUCAGGUUUAGGAAAGCUGAGAGGCGUCAAGGUGAAAUUGCACGUGGAUCCAGACGCAAAAGGCGCCGUGCAGAAACAGAGAAGAAUAUCCCUACCGCUCAAAGACAAAUUUGAUGAGAUUCUUGACAAGUGGGAGGAAAUGGAUAUCAUAGAAGAUGUCAGAGAUGAGCCAAAAGAAUGGUGCAGCAAUGUUGUUCUUACCCCAAAGAAAGACGGAGAAAACAUCAGGGCAAGUCUGGACAUGACAGAUGCCAACAAGUAUAUAAAGAGAACCAGACAUGCCAUCCCCACAUUAAGAGAGCUGGAGACAAGACUUAAUGGGGCCAAGUAUUUCUCUCACCUAGACAUGAACGAUGGUUACAUGAAGCUGACACUCGGCGAGGAAAGCAGGAAGCUUACCACAUUUUACACUCACAGAGGGCUGAAACGCUUCAAAAGGCUGCAUUUCGGGGUCAACAGCGCGGCAGAGAUCUUUAAUGAGGAGGUUCGCAAGGUUGUAGCACAGGAGCCAAAUGCUGUCAGCAUCUAUGAUGACAUACUGGUCUUCGGCGCAACGCCCGAGGAACAUGACAAAGCACUCAGGCAUAUAUUCAAGCUGUGGCGCGAGCACGGGCUCACACUUAGCCUGAAGAAGAGCAGGCUCAACCUCCGAGCUGUGAAGUUCUUUGGAAAGGUGUUCUCAAGUGAAGGAAUAUCACCUGACCCAGAUAAGGUAGCAUCCCUGAAGGCAGCAGGUCCUCCGCAGUCAGCCGCAGAGGUACGGUCCUUUCUAUUCUUCGCUGGAGCAAAAUGCAGACUUCAUGGAAGGAUUUGCACAAGCCACUGCCACGCUCAGAGAGCUGCUAAAGGUGAAUGCUAAGUUCCAGUGGACGCCAGAGUGCCAAAGGUCAUUUGAGCGGGUCCAAGAAAUGCUGACGGAUGACACAGUAAUGGCAUACUUUGAUCCAGGACGGAAGACAAGGCUGAAGACCGAUGCAGGCCCAGGUGGAAUGGCAGCCACCAUGAAGCAGUAUGACCCUGAAGUCAAGAGAUGGCGACCAGUCACUUAUCGUUCAAGAGUAUUCACUGACACCCAGAGCAGAUACUCGCAGCUAGAGAAGGAAGCCAAAGCUGUAGAGUGGGGUAUCUUUGCCAAUCAGAUAUACCUUUACGGCAUGGGAACACGUUUGAGGUUGACACCGACCACAAACCACUGGUACCACUGCUCUCAGGUUACAGAGCAACUGCACCACUCCGUAUAGAGAGGAUACGCGUCCGCCUUCAAGGCUUUAACUACCACAUCAAUUACGUACCCAGAAAGAAAGGGGGAUCGGAGAACAAUGAAGCAGACUACCAUUCACGGCAUCCAGAGCCACUGGCUAUGCAAAAGAGCCAGGCCUGUAAGAGCCAAGCUGAAUUUGAGCUAAGAGAGACAGUGGAAGAGUUCGAGAAAGAUAUCAUGGCUAUAGUGAAAUCAUCAGUGCCUGAAGCAGUUACAUGGCAGGAGCUGCUUGAAGAAACACUCUCGGACACUGAACUGUCAAACUUGAAGGAAGCCAUAGCUAGAGGAUACUUCACGGCGCAAGAGAAGAGAGCAUUGGGGCCACAAUAUGACGCCAUUUUCACAGAGUUGGCUUCCACGAAUCGUAGUCCCCAGAAUGCUGCGGGAUAAGGUGGUCAAGCUCGCGCACGAAGGCCACCAGGGUAUCACCAAGACUAAGGAGUACCUGCGUACCAGAGUGUGGUUUCCAGGGUUAGACAAAAUGGUGGAGGCGCACAUCCAGCACUGCCACCCAUGCCAAGUCGUGAGCAUGUCACAGGAGAGAGAGCCGUUGCGUAUGACACCCUUGCCCAGCGAACCCUGGAAAGAGGUUGUCGUAGACUUCUGGGGCCCGAUCCAUACUGGAGAGUAUCUGUUGGUUACAGUGUGCAAGCAGUCUAGAUGGGCAGAAGUAGAAUUUGUCACCUCCACUAGUGCCAGGGCGGUGAUACCGAAGAUGGAUAAAACCUUCGCCUCGCUGGGCAUACCAGUUUCUGUAAGCAGUGACAAUGGACCUCCGUUCAACAGCCAGGACUUCCGUGACUUUAGCAAGUACUUGGGCUUUCGUCACGAGCGGAAGACGCCCCUGAAUCCGCAAGCCAAUGCAGGGGCCGAGCAGUUCAUGAGAGUACUGAAGAAGCUGUACCAAAUAAGCAAGUUGACGGGAUCGAAUUUCAAGCAAGAGGUAUUCAUAUUUCUUCGUGCCUACAGAGCAACACCUCAUUGCACCACUAAAGUUGCUCCAGUAGAUCUGAUGUAUUCUGGUCGCAAGUUCCGCACCAGGCUUCCAAUUGGAGUAACUCCUCGUGAACAUAACUUUGAAGAACUGUUCCAGAGAGAUCUUGAGCAGAAAAUGCAAAUGAAAGGGUAUGCGGACAACAAGAGGUAUGUCAAACCCUCUGACAUACAGGUGGGAGACUCUGUGCUAGUCCGAACAGAGGCAAUUAACAAGGCCAAACCGGCCUAUGAAGCAGAACCACUGCGGGUGCAAUACAGGAAAGGCACCAGGGUGGUGGCCAAAAGGCCCGAUGGCAGCUCUGUCACGAGGACCACAGCUCACUUUAAGAAAGUUUCCUUUGGAUCGAUGGAAGAAGCUCACAGGUGGUCCAGUUCAGAAUGGCCAACAGAGCCUGUCAAUGAAUCACCACCAAGAAGCAGAGAAGAUGAGCCCCCUGGUUUGGAGCAGACUGAUAGAAGCAUGACUGUCAAUGAGUCCAUCCCCGCAGAUGCGGCCCCUCCAGUCAGCCUGCCACCACCACUUGCCAGGGAAGAGGGACCAAGGAGGAGUGAGAGGCACCGAAAAGACACUGACACUUAUCUAAAGGAAAAGUACCCAGACUUUCAGCUAUAAUGCUGAAGUUAGAUAACUGUUGCCAGACCAGGAAGGACUUUAGAUACUGACUUCUUUCGUGAUUAGUUUUUGCUUUUUAGGCUACCCCAUGGAACUAUCUGUAAGCAAGGGGGAAAUGUAGUAUCGUACAUUAGGACUGGGCUCUAGGCCCACUGCAUGCUGGGGCCAUGCAGGCCCGGUUACCAGGUUGUUGUAGUUCGUAAGCCAGCAUGGCAGCUGUAAUCCAUUAAAAUGUGCUGUCCUUCCCCACCCUUCCUCCGCCCGCUCUUUUCAACCUCCAAUUGUUACGUUACGUGCGACUCGCUCUGUGUUUUGCUAAAACUGUCGUUUUUGCCAGGAAACACUCUGUGGAAAGAAAUAAUAAUUCCUGAGCAUUAAUUUGAUUAUUUGAUUGUUACUUCCUCAUUAAUACUGCCGUUUUCAAAAAGUGAGUUUAAAUGUGAAAUUCGGCUUUAUCGUAACCGUCUAAAUGCGAAAUGGGUCAUAUUUCAAAAAUACUCCAGUUGUUCUUUUUGCACCGCGAGCAGAUGCCUCUAAACUCUAGCCUCCCACUGCGUGGGAGGCUAUUUAAACUCAAAAGCCUAACUUCUUCUACUUAAGGAUAUGUUUAUAGCAAAACAAUCGAAACAAAAGGAACGGCUAUUCCCAAGAAUGAAAGUCAAAUUAAGAGCUGCCGGGUGUUGCUUUCCGAAUGACAUGAAAAAUCAAAGGGUCGCCUAUACUACUCAAGUGACAUGUUUUGAAAAAAUUCUCAGAAUUCGCCGUUUUAAUUACCCCAUUUUUUUUGGACGAUGCGUAAUUAAAAUGAUUGAUCUUCCCCGGAAUGUACUCUCGUUGGGUGAAACCAUGUGCCAGAGUUUUUAUUUGAGCCUUGAAUUUCGUUUAAACACGAGUAAAAAUUGUGCUUGCGUGAUGCUCGCAAUUGUAGUGUAAAUUACGUGUAAAAAGCCUCUUCUUACACAGUGUUUCUAUACAGCUUUUCAAUUGCCCAAGCUAAAUUUUUUAUAUGUUGUAAAGCAAUAAUAGGACUUUGCAAAAAUGUAUUUUUCUCUUGUAAUUUCUAUGUACCAAGGUACGAAAGUUGCCUUCAAAAAUGCCUUAUUUUUAGAAUUUUUUUAAAAGUGUAAAAACUAGGAAUCUUCGGGCGCUUCUAACCUGAAAUGAAAAUGCAGUUCUUGGCACUAUUUUUACAUCUUUGUGUUGUAAUUGUGAUACCAAACAUACAUGUAAAAGAUCAUUUUGAUUGACCAAUCCGUCUUUUUUCUGAGAGUGAUGUGAAUAACUCCAAGUUUUCGGCCUACGUUAUGGCGGCCGCGGCACGAAAACCGCAAUUCUACUUUUUGUUGAAUUUCUCAAAAUCAGAAACUCUCGGGCAAGUCUGAGACUUAUUUUCGAAAAUAGUUGACCAAAAGGUUUCUUUUGGCAAAACAUGAAGAAAUCAGUGACUUCAGUUCAGUUUGAAAAUGAAUCCUCGAUAUUUACAGUCCUCUGCUCUUAAGGAUGGUUGCUUGUAACAACAACAACCAGCUUUAUUACCAAAAUGAAAGGUUAAAAUUUUACAUUACAAUAUUUUAAUACAAAAAAAAAGUAAUGAUUACUCAGGAUAACUAAAAAGCUAAUCGAGCUGAGUAAAACUAAGUACUAUUGUAGUUACAACUACCUCACUUCUUUUUACCCGUAGUCCAAAAUCCUCAAAUAUUAGAGGAACAUAAAAGGAUCAGUCCCUCUCGCUUUUGAGUCCUCAGACGGGAUACUUAGUAAUAUAUAUUUUACUAUGUAGGUGUGCGCAAGAUUAUGGACGCCCGUGGAUGGUCUGGACAUCUUCUGGCUCAUGUUCACAAGAAGUGGGCCCUUGGAGAGAUGACGCAACUUGAAUGUCUGGUCAAUGGCGCCAACGGCAUCUGGGCGAGCGUCUGCGAAGAAGGAGCGGCACUUGGUCACGCGUGUUCUACUGUCACGCUGAUGAAUCUUGUGCGAAUGGGUAACACCAAUGUCCAGAAUAGUUACAAGUGUACACAGCUGAGGGAAGCCGCAUCUAACGUGACUAAGAUCACUACCGGGAUGCCCCCUCAUCCCAAACAGGUUAUCUACGGUGAAAGGGCGUUGGAUUUGGCAUUCGACUUUGGAAGCAUUGCUGGUGGUACAGUUGGAGAGACCGACUUCAAUCUGGCCGAGUUCUUUGGAGAGGAGGCUCCAGUUAGAAUCAGCACUCUGUCGUCCGACCGCAUGAUCCACGAGAGGCUAGUGGAUCUGUUUGGUGCAGAUCCGCAAUUUACGAUGGAAAUGGCGCAUACCAUGAAAGAGAAAAUGCUGGAAGAUCUGACCGGCAACAGGAAGGAAGAAUACAUGAGUCCAGUGGGCAUCGCUCUCCUGUUUGAUCGAGCAGGAGGAAAACUCACCGCCAAGAUGGCAAAGGUGAUAGAAGAGGCCGAUGUGAAAAGUGUGCACGCCCAGCGUCUCAUUGAAGAGGUCCGUAGGAUCUGGGACAAAUGGGACAUCCAGGAAGAUAAAGAAGUUGACGGCCUUCUCAAGUUCCAUUCCUUCUAUAAUGGCUUCAUGGCUCCCUACUUUGGCUGCUUUAUUUGUCGGGAUACGCUGAAGGCGUUGAAAGCAAUCAAUAUGGAUAAAGAUGGCUAUAUCGACUGGUACGAGUUCCUGGUGUACCUGAAAUGGGCGAUGCGUCAGUAUCCCAACAUUAAAGAUGCCGAUGAGCUACUGUCCGUGGCUUUCCGUAAGGGCAUCAUCCCAGCCAUGCAGGAUGAACUACUCCGGAACCCGUUAAAGAGGAUUGGGAAAAGUUGUUAAGCUUUCUACUAAAGAGAUCACAAGUCUCUUAACGGGCUCUGAACUCUAUCUUUUUUUAGGUUCUGUAUUGUGAAAUGGGAAAAUUGCUGCUACAAAAUUUAGUCUAGUAAGAUUUGCACUACAGUCUGUAUUGUUCCAUAUAAGCCAAAAUAUUGAAAUUCAGAGUGAAAUCUUUUUAAUUUUUGGGAAGGUGAUUGGCACAAAAGGUAUUAUUUUUGCUGUAUGAGGCGGCUUUUAUCUAUAAGGCAUAUGAAGUAAGCAUUCAAGUAGUGUAUUCCGACAUAACAAUGUAUACUUUGGUUAUUGCCAAAAACAAAUAAACUAUUGGGC